GUUGAAUAGACUUAUGGCACUUAUGGCCAACAAACCCAUCGUGAACCACUCUAAAUCGUUCGCCUGUUUGCCGACAUGGGAUGUGCAGAGCACGUGACCUCCAGGCGCCGAUUUUUCGCGCGUACCCUUGCAGUCUUGACGUCCUGCAGACUCACAUGGGUCUUUGCGUAUGCAGGCAGAGGGAUCAGUCCCUUGAAGUCUGACAUAGAAGUGCUUGGCGUCUUGAGGGGCCGACUAGUCAUUGGCUUUCACCCCCGUUUGGAGGCUGUCAACGUGUUUGCAAACCAGACCAAGUUGAAGCCUCUCAAGGACAACAAAUGGCUAGAGCAGGAGCGGCGGUAUGGGGAACGAGAUUGCAAGUAUGCUGAGUUUGCAAUACCUCCACUACCAGCAGAGAUCAACGUUCUUGGUCGAGCUGUGGGUGGACGACUCGUGCUAAACGUCACGGACAUCCUACCAGAGGAAACAGUGCCAAGUGCAGCCAUGUGGAAUGAGCGGUUUAUGCGCCAAAAGCCGAUCGCACGAAGACCAAGGCUUCAGGAGGGACGGAGGAUGAUCCGAGGACUUCAAGACAGGCCAGUAGAGCUUGACAGCCAGAGAAACUUGAAGAGUCAAACUUCUUGAAGCUGCUCGCCUAGCACAGGAUGUAGUGCUGUGAAGAAAGAUCUUAACAAAACACCACGCUUUGACCAAUCUGCCGCCAGUGGCUGGUCGUGAGCCACAGCGCCUUGACGUGCCGCGUUGCGGGAAAAGUAUCGCGGUGCAGUCGUUCAGAGCCAGGCGGAGCAAGGCGGUCUUGUUUUGCUUAAACUGCUCUGAGGCCCAAAUCAGCACAUUCAGGAAAAAACACAUGAU